CUUUUGCAGCCCUGGCAGCUAUCGCUUCUAUGCUGGUCUAUGGCAUGGUAUACUUCCCCGUCUUCGCCUGUCUCUCCAUCGGAUCUGUCUACGGGUACGGUUUGGGAGCACUCUAUGUUUGGAUGAUGACAGUGGUGGAAAUUUUGCGGCUCUUUGACUGCGAUGAGGAAUUGGAAACUCGGGUUGCCAUCGUGCUGAAACGUCUUCCGCAAGUAUUGUGCCUUUUGUACCUCUCAUCCUGCAUCCCCGGCCGGUUCAUCCAGUCUGUCCGUAGGAAGGAGUUUUUUGUGCAAGCCAUGGAGGAAUUCCCGCACCAUGAUUCAGAAGAUCUUGUGGCCCAGGCUUACUAUGGGGUCCAUGUCCGGAGUCUCUUCAAGACCUUAAAGGCAGCAAGGGUCCCAUCUAGCAGACUUCACUGGGUCAAGCAAAAUCUGUGUCAGUUGUUCAAUCAGAGAGUCUACCGCAGCCGACCUGGAUUCCGGUAUUCUUCCCGCAUGCUGACUACCAUGGUGGUUGGAGCAGUUGUCCUCUACCAGGCAUGAGUCCUUUUUCUUACUUUUUACAUUUUUUGUU